AUGGUGGACAUGGUCACCUCGUCGCCAACAGCACUGCAUCACGGCAUAUUGGCCGAGAUGAAGGAGAGGCCUAUCAGCAUCAAGCUGCCCAAGUUCGCAAUCACCUUCAGCUGGGGUGACCUCAAGGGCGACCUCAGUCAGCUGGGCCUCUCGCUGCCGUUCUCACCGGAGGCUGCCGACCUGAGUGGCAUGUGCAAGGGGGACGAUGGAGACCAAGUAGUCACCGGCGCUGCACGGGGGCCGACGUUCCUGUCCAAGGUUGCGCACACGGCGGUGGUCAAGAUGGACGAGGCAUAUGAGCUGCUGCAGCGUGUAUUUUUAGGGUGUGCUAGGGCCGGUGUGCUUGACACCGGAGGUAGGGCGUGCUUGUUUUUGCUCCUAGUGGUACGAACAAAAUAG